AUGUCGCCACAGACAAGCCAAGAUAGGGAGACGUGUACCAGGGAGCCUUACCCUGUUCCAAGCAGCAACCCAGCCAGUCAGUAUACCCUCAUUGAAAAAUUGGGAACUGGGAGCUUUGGGGUCGUCUACAAGGCUAUGCACAAUGAAACAAAGCAGAUAGUCGCUAUCAAGCAGAUCGAUUUAGAGGACUCCGACGAUGACAUCUCGGAAAUUCAGCAAGAAAUUGCUAGUCUCGCUCAAUGUGAUUCGGAAUACGUCACUCGCUAUUAUGGGUCAUUCGUCGUUGCUUACAAGCUCUGGAUUGUCAUGGAGUACUUGGCUGGGGGAUCAUGUCUUGAUCUCCUCAAAGGCGGCGUAUUCUUAGAAGCCCACAUCGCCGUUAUUUGUCGGGAGCUUCUACUGGGUCUCGAUUAUCUACAUUCGGAAGGAACCAUUCAUCGUGAUAUCAAGGCUGCCAAUGUCUUGCUCUCUGCUAGCGGACAGGUCAAGCUUGCCGACUUCGGGGUGGCGGCACAGCUGACCAGCACGCUGAGACACACAUUCGUGGGUACUCCAUUCUGGAUGGCACCCGAGGUCAUCCGACAGGCGGGUUACGACGCUAAGGCGGAUAUGUGGAGUUUGGGUAUCACAGCUAUAGAAAUGGCGAAAGGAGAGCCGCCGCUGGCCGAAUACCACCCCAUGCGGGUUCUCUUCCUUAUUCCAAAGGCGAAACCACCAGUCCUUGAAGGUUCAUUCUCUACUGCGUUUAAAGAGUUUGUGUCCCUCUGUUUGACGAAAGAUCCUGCCGAUCGUCCCACAGCCAAGGAUCUCUUGCAGCAUAGAUUCAUCAAAGGCGCGAAGAGGACAUCGUGUCUCACAGAGCUGAUCGAGAGAUACCAGGAGUUCCGUGCCAAGUCACCGCAGAAAGGUCUGCCUGCAGCCUACCAGGCGACUAUCUGUGGCACGGCAAUGUGGGAGAGCAACGGUACAAUUCGAAGUGACUGGAACUUCGACACCGUCAAGUCGAGUUCCGUUAUGGGUACCUUUAGCAGUGUUGCCAAGGAUUUGUUGCCCGAGAUGGAUGAUGAAGAUAUGGGUGUCGAUGAGUCCUCGAUAUAUGAGGAGGACGAAGGCUCGUUUGAAACUGCGGGAGCAGUCAAAGGAAGCUCGCCGCUCGGUUCUGGAGGGAUCGGAAUGAACAUGAGUGCAGCACACUCUACUGUUGUCAUCAAGACUGCGCUUGACGAGCCAGACAUCUCAUCACUCCUCGCUGCUGCAGAAGGUUUAGCGAGCGAGUCUGCAGAUGGCGCCGAACCAACAACACCAUCCCAAGUUACCCACCCUGGAGAUGAUGGAAUGCCUUUGGGCGCUCCUCCAGCGUACACCGGCUCCAUUCGCUCGGCAAGGAGGUCAUCAUACGCUGCAAGACACAAGAUGACUGGUGCUGGUACUAUCAUGCGGGAAGCAGAUCUUGGUUCCGGCGUAGAUACCAUCAGACCUGUCAAAAAGGUUGAUACAGUUGGUUCUCUGAGACUAUCUGCAGAGUACGUCGGCACAACUCGGAGUAGAGAAGCCUCGCCGUCGUCUCCUACUUCUCCAUCCAAAGACCGGUCGUCUUCAUUCAAGCGGAGGGUAUCCGAUUCUGAGCGGGCGGGAAGGGUCAUGAUCGACGAUGUCGUUCUCCCCGUUCUCCAAACUGCCAUCCGAGAUGACAUGGAUGCUCGAGAGAUCGAGGCACUCAGUAUGAUCUCUCGUGGUUUUGCCGAGUUGAGAGAGGCGAAUCCUGCCCUAUCUUACAACGUCAUUCUCGACAUUCUCUCCGGUAUCAAUGAGAACCCUUCUGUCCGACAGCACGUUCAAACAUCUCGGGGGCUAUUUCCUCACAAACGCGUCAUCCGAAAGAGCGAGAUGACUGCAAAGGGCCUUGUGGUCACUGAAGUCCAGGAAGACGUCACUGAAGUUCCCGUGGACUCAAGCACCUCACCCCUCAAAGCCGACGGCCCUGGAUCACCUGUCCGCAAGUCACCAAUCUCUGAGUUGCUCUACAUGCGCUGGCUGGAGGGCCUGCGAAUCAAGUGGCCGAGCAUUCUGUCGUAA